ACUUCUAACUUCAUUUCCCAUUUAACGAUUUUGGGAAAAAUCAAAGCAAACCGAAAGAGAGAGAACAAGCAAAAAUGGUUGUAGAAGAAACCCCAAAAUCCAUCGACGAUCAAAUCACAAACCCUAAAAUCGAAGACAUCAACAACGAUCUCGAAGAAGGAGAGAUCAACGACGAUGAUUCCUCCGCCAUUUCGAAACCCCUCACCGCCGGUCACCAAUCUCACCCUCUUGAGAAUUCCUGGACUUUCUGGUUCGAUAACCCUCAGACUAAAUCCAAACAACAAGCUUGGGGUAGUUCGAUUCGACCCGUCUACACUUUUUCUACUGUUGAAGAGUUUUGGAGCAUUUACAAUAACAUUCACCAUCCUAGCAAGUUGGCUAUUGGAGCUGAUUUCCAUUGUUUCAAGCAUAAGAUUGAACCAAAAUGGGAAGACCCUAUUUGUGCUAAUGGUGGAAAAUGGACUGUGCAAUUUUCUAGGGGAAAAUCUGAUACUAGCUGGUUGUAUACGUUGUUGGCAAUGAUUGGAGAGCAAUUUGAUCAUGGAGAUGAAAUUUGUGGAGCAGUUGUGAAUGUCAGGAGUAGGGCGGAAAAAAUUUCUAUAUGGACUAAGAAUGCUGCUAAUGAAGCUGCUCAGGUGAGCAUCGGAAAACAGUGGAAGGAGUUUCUUGAUUAUAAUGAAACCAUUGGCUUUAUAUUUCAUGAUGAUGCAAAGAAGCUUGACAGAGCUGCUAAAAACAAAUAUGUUGUAUGAACUGUAUAGCGAUCUUACAUGGUAGCAAGUGCAUGAGAGAUGCCCUCCAACAUCCAACAUGUAGCUCAAUGCAUUUUAGCCUCUUUUAAAUCUCUCAUUUUGAGUUGUAUUUCUAGAUUUAUGUCCGGAUCAUUUUUUUACUGUAGACAAUGCUUCAUCAAUAAUAGAGUGAUUUAGUUAAUUGCUUCUUGAUUGAAUGGGUAAAAA